AUGAAGGAUUUCGUAAAUAUCGAAUCCCAUUACAACCCCAACCCUUCCUACCAACGAACCUUCUCUGUAACCUGCUACCACCACUUCAUUAAAACCACUGUCACUUCCACCCCCUCCGUUGCCAGGAACUGGUUGUAUAAUACUUUGUCCAUCCACCGUUCCCGACGGCACAGACUUGUCGUCGGCCUCGGGGUCCAAUGGCGACCGACUUUCACGCCAGGAACCCCACUUCGACCUUCAACUUUGCAGCUCUGCGUCGGCUCCCGCUGCCUCGUCUUUCAAAUCAUCCACGCCAAGUCUAUCCCUCGAGCUCUUAUACGUUUCCUCGCCGAUCCUCGUACUACAUUCGUCGGCGUCUGGAACUACAAGGACGCAGAGUUAUUAAUGAACUCCGAGCAUAAAUUGUCCAUCUCGUGUCUUGUGGACCUCCGACAUGUGGCUGCAAAGAGGAUGGGCUGCAGUAAAAGGGUAUCCAUGGAGAAGUUGGCAUCCAUAGUUCUUGGUGCCGAUGGUAUGAAGAAGGCCAAAUGGAUUGGCCGAAGCGCCUGGGAUUCUUUCUGGCUUAGCGAGGAGCAGGUGCUGUAUGCCUGUUUAGAUGCUUUUCUUUCUUUUGAAAUGGGUAAGAGUCUCAGGGUAUGGAACUGGAAUCGUUAA